GGCUGAAAAGGAGGAUGAAGACACCUUUGUCACACCUGACAGGCCUACAAUGAGAUGCCCGUCUAAAACCCCUGAGUCGAAAGCUUACAGCGAGGUAGGGCAGAACCCGAAGGGUAAAGGAAAGGGGCAAAGGGCCUUGAUGGCACUUAUGGCCUUGAAAGGGGCCUUAGCAAAGAGUAAAGGCCGUGGCCGUAGUGUUUCUCAGAAGGUCCCUGACGACAAAGACAAACAAGAUGUAGCACCAGCCCCCAGAAAGAAGAAAGAGAAAAAGGAAGAGGAGAGCACGACAGAGACAGGCGAUGCUUCAAAGGCGGCCAAGAAGGCCAAAAGAAAGGAUGAGGGAAAGCAGGAACAUGAGGAGGAGACGCCAGGUGAGGUUUCAAAGGUUGCCAAGAAGGCCAAAAGAAAGGAUGAACAUGGGGAGGAGCCGACACGUGAGGAUGAGGUAACCGAGGAACAGCCGACACGUGAGGUUUCAAAGGCAGCCAAGAAGGCCAAACGAAAGGAUGAGGUAACCGAGGAACAUGAGGAGGAUACGCCACCUGAGGUUUCAAAGGUUGCCAAGAAGGCCAAAAGAAAGGAUGAGGGAAACCAGGAACAUGAGGAGGAGACGACACGUGAGGUUUCAAAGGCAGCCAAGAAGGCCAAACGAAAGGAUGAGGGAAACCAGGAACAUGAGGAGAAGACCACAGGUGGCGUUGCAAAGGUGGCCAAGAAGGCCAAAGGAAAUGAUGAGGGAAACCAGAAACAUGAUGAGACGACACCACCGAGCAAACGCAAGACAAAAGAUUACAUGGGGACAGUAGACAGCCACACUCCCCUGGAGGAACCUAGUUCCACAAAGAAGAAAAAAAAGAUCAAAAGCAAGAGCUCAGAGAAUUUGGUUCCUAGUGGGGGCAAUGAACAGACACAGCCCACAGAAGCCACGGAGAUAGCAGAUGCUGAUGUCUCCACUUCAGCUCGAAAGACGAAGAAACCCAAGACACCGGUGGAGAACCGUGACUGUGCCACGGCUGAAGAUGCUGUUACCUACCCAGAAUCACCAAGCGAAAGGAGAAAGAUGAAAGCCCAAGAGCCUGACGCAGAGGCCUGCUGCACCACAAACACAAUGAUCCAAUCAAAGCUGGAAGAUUUGAAAUGUGUGAUCAGGACUCCAAGACAAUAUCCACCAGCAAGCAAUGCAGACAUACUUGCAGAAAAGAAGCAACUUAACAUUGGCCACUUUGUAGCGAAACAGGAAGAGGAAGAGAAGCCAAAGAAAAACAAGAAGGCCACUCACUGCAGGAUGGUGUGGUCAAGGGCCUUGCUGUCCGUGAUGACAGGGGCCGCUUGCGCAGAGCCAGUGAAACAUCUCAGUGAGGAGCAGAAAGAGUUGGUAUCAGGUCUUUCAGCACCUAGCCAGCUGGAUGUCCAGGCUUGGCCCAUGGCCUUUAGUUUUGAUUCUGUGGACAUUGUUGGCGGCCAUGAGAACGUUGCAAAGACAAAGAUGUCCAAGACUGCAGAAAUCGAGCUGAACGCACCUGCAGCCACAGAGAGCAGCGAUGCUUCCCAAGCAGCGGAUUCCCCUGGGAAGCCUAGCCCAAAAAGUGAGGCCAAUAAAAAAGCACUUCAAGCAAUGUAUGAUGCCAUGGCCCCCCUUUCAGGGAAGAAAGGUGGGAAGGAUUCUGAUGACGACAGUGAUGACAAACCCAGAAGGGGACGAGGUCGUGGAAACCGAACCCAACCGACCAGGGCUACCACUACUGAGGAAAACCCAGAGGUAUCGGCCGAGAAGGAACUCAAAAAGAAGCUUGAAAAGGCGAUCAGGAGGGUCAAAGCAUUGGCGAACAAAGCUCGCGAUGCCAGCCAGUUGGAAAACAAAUUUGCUUCUGGGUCCAGCCCCGAAGAUGUGCUGGAAUUGUAUGACAAGAAGCGCUCUGCCAUUGAGGUAAGUAAGCCCUUUGAUUUGGGCACAGUGAGUUUGGCAUCAGGCCAAAAGAAAAAGAAGGACCAAUCCGAGAAGGAUUCCACUGCUGGCAGUUGGACCGACGAAGACUGGAUUGAAUGGUGGGACAAAGAGGCUUCAAUGAGGCGGCUGCGAGAUCUUACAAGUGCAUUGGUGGAUUUGCCCCAUUAUCUGGCAAAUGCACCAGAGCACUCCAAGAUGGACAAGGUCAAAUUGGGAAUGCUUCUUCCUCAUGAAGUGGCAUCCGCGUUCUAUCACUUUAGAUCUGGUGACCUUUUCUUUGGCCUCCUGACUGGCACACCUGAUGUGACCUAG